GCUGUGAUCUUAAGGAUAUCAAGCUUGCCUAUCGGUUAAAUAAGGCAAUGGAGAAGGGAGACAACUGGAAAUUCUUGGACGUGGAUCGGUUAAAUGCCUACUGGUCAAAAUUCUUUUCAUUGUUGUGUAUGAUGGAACAAAUUGAUGUUGUAUUGAAAUGGUACAAAGAAAUGUCCCCUUCGCUCUUCUAUCCAACUCCUAAAAAUAUAUUGGACCUCCUUCAAGCACUGGAUGCAGCCAACCACUUGGAAGUGAUACCUUCAGUCUGGGAAGAUGUGAAACAGCUGGGGUUUAAUAGGAGGCCAGACCUGUUGGAAGAGCUCUUGUCUUUGAUGAGCAGGGAGCAGCACCCUGAUGAGAUUCAACUGGCAUUUGCCAAGUGUGCUGAAGACAUCAAAGCUGUCCAUGAGCAAACCGGGAGGGAGCAGGUCCCGCUAGAAUGGACAGGCAGUGCGCUGGGCCAUGUCGCUCUGUUGUUUGCCAGGGCUGGGAGAACCCAGGACGCUUGGAACAUGAUGGAGCGUUUCCAGCAAAUUAAUAGGAUUCCCACUGACCAGGUGAUGGAUGAGUUCUUGAACUGUGCAAAACAAACCAAUUGCCCAGAUGAAGCAAUUAUGCUGGUAAAGCUUGCAGCAUCCCUAGGUCUUCCUUCGUCUCAAAGGCUUAAAAGCAGAACAGAGGAGGAAUUUGAACUCUCUGAAAAGCAGAAGAAGACACUGGAGAGUAUCGAGUCAGACAGCGACAGCAGCGAUAGCGACAGUGACAGCGACCGUGACUAGCUGUCCCUCUUGCCAUCUUCUUGGGAAAA